ACUGAGCCUCGCCCUGCCAUGUAAGGCAAGACAGUAGGUUCCCAUACUGAGUUUCUCACACACCGACAGACACACAGUCGCAACAGUCAGAUCAUCGUCAGGAAGGCCCACGGACAACUGCUCUGAUACAGUCACAGCCACAGUCAAACAGUGAAUACCAGUCAACCAGUGAAUACCAGACUAGCCAGAGGCUAAAUCUGAUCCGACCUUCGGGAAGAGAAAGUAGAGGUCCUUAAGCUCUAUUGUACAGGUGUAUCUCGAGUCCCACAAACAGAGAAGGAAAACACCAGCAGUGUCAAGAUGCUGACAGACGAGGUGUCUCAGAUACAGGAGGUUCGGUACUGUCUGAAGACCUUGAGGGAACAGAUGGCCACCAGACAGAAUAACAAGGUACAAUGCCUUCAGGAGUUUCCAGCCAACGGUUACAAAGUCAGUGUCACCCUGCCUACCAACCCAGCAAUUGUCACCAAUUGUAAAAUUGUUGGGACUGAGUCAGAAACAAAUGUCAGGGAGAAUUCAGAGGACAGUGCAAAGAUAAGGGAGGUGAGCAAGCGCCUGUAUGCCCAGCUGAAGGAGUCAGAGAAGAGACACAAGGAGGAGAGAGACAGAAUGCAGGCUGAAAGCGAUGAGUUCAGCCGGCGCCUCGACGAGCAGUCGAAGCACCUGCAGUGGGUGGAGGGGGAGGCGGGGGAGCGAGGUCAGAAGGUGGAGGAGUUGCAGAGGCUGCUGGGGGGCAUGGAGCUGGAGGGUGCUGUCCUGAGGGGCAAAAUAGCCGCCAGUGAGGCUGAACUGCUGCAGCUGAGAGCAGCCAAGGAGGGGGUGCAGGAGAAAAAGCAGAGAACUGAGGAGCUGGAGAAGGAGCUGGCUGUCCUGAAGGAGAAAAUCCAUCACCUGGACGACAUGCUGAAGAGCCAGCAGAGGAAGGUCCGCCACAUGAUCGAACAGCUGCAGAACUCACGGACAGUAAUACAGGAGAGAGAGAGAGUGAUCAGGGAUCUAGAGGAGAAGGUGGCUUUUCUGGAAGCUGAGAACACAGAGAUGCGUGACCAGAUAGAGUACUUCCUGGCGGGUCAGAAGCCUGCUUCUCCGCCCACCAAAGAAUGCAAACCCACUCCCCAGAUUAUCUACAGCAGCAACACAGUAUAAUGUUCCAGGAUAGAAGGGCCAAGGAAGUUGGUAUAUUUCUGUUCUUUUGGCCACCUUCAUCAAUGCACGGAAAUAAGUCACUUCCUUCAAUCUGAGUGAUCGAGAUCAAGUCCUGAGCAGAGGGAGAUGAAGAUCAAGAGAGAUGGAUAGAGGAAGUGAUAAAAUGAGCGAGACAGCUGGUUGGUGUGUGUGUGUAUAUACAGUUGAAUUCGGAAGUUUACAUAUACUUAGGUUGGAGUCAUUAAAAGUCAUUUUUCAACCACUCCACAAAUUUCUUGUUAACAAAUUAUAGUUUUGGCAAGU